AUGACAACAAUUAUGAAAAAUUUUCCGUUAUUAAAUGAAAUUGAUGAACAAAACAAUUCCGAUGAUAUUGAUUGGAAUAUAAAUGCUUUUCAAACAUUACUUACAUCUAAUUUACCGAUGACAACAAUAUUUUAUUAUGCUAUUGAUGUUGGUUUUCGACGAUUGGAAAGUAGUUUAUAUGAAACUUAUUGGGAUACUACAGCUGAUGCUUUAAAUGAUUUAUCUGAUUUUUUGUUUAAUACAACGUCUAGUACUGAUAUUGAUCCAUAUCUAAUUGAAGCAAAAUGUCAAUUAUUAAUGUAUGCAUCGAUUGCAAUUAUUAAACUACAUACAAUUAGACGUCGUUCAAUAAAUGAAGCUAAAAUGUCCUGUGCAACAAUAUGUUUAUUAUUAUUAGAACAAAGUAAAUCCUAUGAAACUCUAUUAAUCAAAAAUCAAUAUUCAUCUUGUAUUCAUUCAAUGCGUCUUCGAUAUUUAAAACGAAUAUUUAUUAUUGGACAAUGGUUAUCAACUUUAUCAAAAGUACAAUUUAAUGAUAUACAAUCUAAUCAUGAACAAUAUAUUCAAACUAUGAUUGAUCAUUUAUUUCCAUCUGUAUCAUUAAGAGAUAAAAUUAAUGGAUUUAUUGAUAAUUGUUUACUGAAUAGUACUAAUAAUGAAAAUGAUUUUCCUGAUAAUGAAACAACAACAAGUGGUUUUGUAUUUAUUCGACGUUUUCCAAAAUUUAAUGAAAAAACUAUUGAAAAACAUAGUGAUCUUAUGCAUAUGGGACUUGUUAAUACAUUAAAUCAAUUGAAUAAAAAUAAUACUCGAAAAUUAAUUUGUUGUAUAUGGACAUUGUGUUGUAUGAUUGAAUCUGAUCGAGUAUCACUUGGAGUUUUGAAUCGUUGUAUAACACGUGAACAUUUUUCUAUUGCACCUAUUGAUUUUGAACAAAAACCGAUUACAAUAGAAUCAUUAAAUGAACGAGAUGUUAUUGUUUUUCUUCUUUUAUGUGCACAACAAAAUGUACAUUUAUAUGGUGAAGAUUCAACAUUACAUCCAUAUUUACUAUAUUCUAUAUCUCAUUUAUGUACACAAAAUCAAAAAAAUUGGUGGCAAACAGCGAUUGAACAAACUUCAUGUUCAGAUUUUAUCGAUCAUCUUGCAACUAUUCGUCUAGAUGAUGAAAGAUUCAAUCAAUAUCCACCAAAAAUUAUUCUACUUGAAACUGCUAAAAUACUUUUUAAGACAGCUCAGACUGAAUAUGGACAACAUUCUAAUCAUUCUGCAUUAUUAUAUGAACAAUAUGCUAUUCAAUAUUUUCAAACAGCUAAAACAAAUAUAAAGACUAAGGAAAUGAAUGAUUUAUUUAAAAAUACACAUAAUAAAUCAUUUUUCUUCUAUCCUCAAAAAAUGAUAAAUGAAACUAAAGAAGAAAAUAAAAAAUUAAUUGAACAAUUAAUUGAAGAAUGUAAAAAAUUGUCUCGACAUUGUGACGAGUUACAAUUAUUACCAGAACCAAAAUCACCAAGAGCAUCAAGUCCAACCAAAGAAGAAACAGAUUUUCAUAUUUCAACUCUUUUGAGUCCUGUUCAUGUCGAAAUAGAAGAAAAAUCUUCACUGAAUGUUGAUUCAACUGUAUUUGUCACACCAACAUUAAAUAAGAGUUGUGAUGUUUAUGUUCAAACAUCAGACGAAAUAGUAUCACCACCAAUUACUACAAUCCCCACAGUUGAAGAAAAUCUCGAAACAUCAACAUCUCCAUUACCACCAUUUGUUGAUAUGUUAUUUUCUCAUAUAAAUGGUGUUAAUCAAUGGAUUAAUAGAUUUUAUACAGGUCAUGAAGGUAUUCAAAAUGAUAUAAGUACAAUUCGAGAUCGUCUUGAAAAACUUAAUCGAGCAACAAGUCAGAUGAUCUUUUCAAACGUUACAAUGUUUCAAUCGAAUUCAGACGACAAUAGUGAACAUUAUCAUUCGUCACAUGAAUGA